CUGGUGGUGGAGAUCAACUCGCAGGUGGCUCUGUUCCGGGACCUGCUCAUCUGCGUGGGGCAGAGUCGCGACGGCCCUGAGCUGAGGGAGCGCAUCAGGAAGGUCCGGCGUCAGUGCGUGGACACUUGCAAGCACGCUUCCCAGCUUCUCCUUCCCGGCAUCAAGAACGACGUGGCCGAAGGCAUCCCCGUGGACAACCAGAACUUCGUGCACCUGGUGGCCUGCACGCAGCUCAUGUCCCGCGAACUGCGGAAGUGCAAGCGCCUCGUGCAGACCAUGCCCGUCGACAUGACUGAGUACUACGAGAACAAGCCGGGUCCGUCGGGCAUGGGCGGUCUGGGCGUGAUCUCGCAACUGCUGCUGUGCAAGACCCUGCAACCCGACUUCCACCAGGAGGAGGUCUGCAGCAUAGAGAAGGACAGCGACGACAUCAACGCCAUCCUGAAGGAGAUGCAGGAUUACAUGCCGCAGGAGGACGCCGCCAACAGGAACCUGGCGCUCACGGGCGAGGACAUGUUCAGCCUGUGGAGCAAGAAGCGGACGCGACGCUCCCUCUACCGCAACAUGAGCGCGUUAUGUUGCACCUGCAAGCCGGCUUACUUGUAAUACGCCAGAGUCUAGUUCUCGCGCCACUCCACCGCCGCCUCCAACACUCCACUCGCUGUAGCGCCUCCCACCUCGUGACUCCACCUCUCGCCCUCCUCCACUCCUUCCACGCGCCCAGCCACUCCACGCGCCCGCGCCUCCUCGCUACGAACCCGCGUUGCCAAGGAUCCCCGUCUGCGUCGACGCCCUUCCCCGCGAGAGGCCCCGCCAGGAGUCCUCCGAGCAGCCCUCGCCAGCGCCAAGUCACUCCCGGGCCUCCCUCCCCCCUCCCCGUGACAUCAGGGACCCAACCAAUGUCAGGGGA